CAGCGGGGCCGGCGGGGAGCCGAGGGACAGCGGGGCCAGCGGGGAGCCGAGGGACAGCGGGGCCAGCGGGGAGCCGAGGCCAGCGGGGAGCCGAGGCCAGCGGGAUGCGGCGCUGGGCGCUGGUGGCCGCGCUGGUGGCCGCGCUGUGCGGGCCCGCGGCGGGCGGCGGGCGGCGGCGGGCGGCCAGCCUGGGCGAGAUGCUGCGGGAGGUGGAGGCGCUGAUGGAGGACACGCAGCACAAGCUGCGCAACGCCGUGCAGGAGAUGGAAGCUGAAGAGGAAGGGGCAAAAAAGCUGUCAGAAGUCAGGUUUGAGGACUUACCUCCCAACUACCAUAACGAGUCCAACAUGGAAACCAGAGUGGGCAACAGGACUCUUCAGACCCAUCAAGAAAUUGAUAAGGUUACAGAUAACAAAACUGGAUCAACAGUUUUUUCUGAGACAGUUAUUACAUCCAUAAGAGAUGGAGAAAACAAAAGGAAUCAUGAGUGUAUCAUUGAUGAAGACUGUGAACCAGGGAAGUAUUGCCAGUUCUCCACCUUGGAAUACAAAUGCCAGCUCUGCAAGCCCCAGCACACUCCCUGCUCACGGGAUGUGGAGUGCUGUGGGGAGCAGCUCUGCGUGUGGGGCCAGUGCAGGAGAUCCUCUUCCAGAGGGGAGAACGGCACCAUCUGUGAGACCCAGCACGACUGCAACCCUGGGACGUGCUGUGCUUUUCACAAAGAGCUUCUCUUUCCUGUGUGCACACCCUUACCUGAGGAAGGUGAGCCCUGCCAUGAUCCUUCAAACAGACUUCUCAACCUCAUCACCUGGGACCUGGAGCCCGAUGGAGUGCUGGAGCAGUGCCCCUGUGCGAGUGGCUUGAGCUGCCAGCCUCAGAGCCACAGCACUACAUCUGUGUGUCAGCUGUCUGCCAAUGAAACGCAGCACACUGAAAAAGAAGAUCCCUUAGUCAUGGAUGAGAUGCCCUUUCUCAGCCUGAUCCCUCAAGAUCUCCUCUCUGAUUAUGAGGAAAGCAGUGUCAUCCAGGAAGUACGCAGGGAAUUAGAAAGCCUGGAGGACCAAGCAGGUUUGAAACUUGAGCCUGAGUCAGCUCAAGAGCUGGUUUUGGGAGAUGAAAUAUAAAGCCCAAAGCACCAGUUUAGUUAGUUAUUUCUAGAUUUUUUUUGUUUAGUAUCUUGCUUGUAUGAAUCCUGAACACACACUACUGGAUAGAAGUGCAAUAAAUAAGGUCUUCAAGGAGCGUUCUCUGUGCACCAAACCUGCAUGUCCCUGUGGAAUUCAUGCUACUGUGGAAUUCAUUCAACCCCUGCCUUCAGCCUUCUGCCAAAUGGGAACCAUAGGAGUGCUCUUCUGGAUUUGUACUUUCCUCUUGUAUGUCAGAAAUAAACUUCUUUGUACUUGUACUCAUUAAAAA